AUGCGCGGUCAGCCCCGGCCCAUCCGGCCCCAGCCCCGCCGCUGUCCCCGCAGGGCGCUCGCCAUGGAGCCGGGCACCAUCGACAACCUCUGCAUCCUGUACCAGAGCCCUGACUUCAUCGUGGUGAACAAGCACUGGGACAUCCGCAUCGACAGCAAGAUGUGGUACGAGACGCUGACCCUGCAGAGCCAGUUGAAGCACCGCUUCCCCGAGCUGGCAGACCCCGACACAUACUACGGCUUCAGGUUCUGCCACCAGCUCGACUUUUCCACCAGCGGGGCCCUCUGCGUCGCGCUCAACAAAGCGGCGGCAGGAAGCGCCUACAAGUGCUUCAAGGACCGCCUGGUGACCAAAGCCUACUUGGCCCUGGUGAGGGGUCACGUUGACCAGAGUCACAUGACGAUCCGCUAUGCCAUCGGCAAGAACACAGUGGAGGGCAUGACCCACAUGAUGUGCAUUGAGGGGACAGAGGGCUGUGAAAACCCCAAGCCGUGUCAGUCGGAGCUGAUUGUGCUCGAGCACGGGUCUUACAGCGGAGAUCCUGUGACCAAAGUACUGCUGCAGCCGCUGACAGGGCGCACCCAUCAGCUCCGGGUUCACUGCAGUGCCAUCGGCCACGCCAUCGUGGGGGACUUUACGUACAGCCACAAGAAGGACAGCGGUCCAUACCGCAUGAUGCUGCACGCCUACUACCUGCGCAUCCCCACCAGCAAGGAGCUCAUCGAGGUCUGCACGCCUGACCCCUUUGUCACAGCCAUGGAUGGCAACUGGGUGCCGCAGCACAUUGUGCGCCGCCUGGACGAGACCAUCCAGGAGCUGAAGGACAAGGCAGUGCAGAAGGGGGACAUAGGGCAAAGCCAGCAAGCUGUGCCUGGGGACAAAGAAGAGGAGGCACUGAGCAAAGCCAAGAGCCUGGAGCUGGAGGAGCAGCGUGUGCAGUGUGAGCAGUGGUUGGCUGAGUGGGCUCUGGAGUGAGCGCCGGCCAUUUCCACGCAUUCCCAACCCUUUGCUCCAUAGUUGUCUGAUGGGUUCUGGCAGCCUACCCCAGAGCCCAGCACUAACUCCACAUCCACACUCUCCAUAGGUUGUGGUUUCCCUCACCUCUGGGUCUGGGAUUAGGCAGUUUUUAGCAGCAAUUCGGAUCGGUUUCUUUUUUUACCGUGCCCAUCACCCACUUGGCCACCGGAUGCCCCUUUCCUAAUUGUGUGCCACAGCAGCAGUCAGUGUGCCACGCACCAGCUUAGAGUGACCCUGGAGCUUUGCGUCCCUGUGCCGGGGCAGCGCGGCUGUGCCGUGAGCGUGCUGGAUGCACCCACAGUCCCACAGCACUCGGGUGCUCAGUGUGCCCUCUGUGGGCUCUGUGUCCACUGCUCCAUCCCACCGCAGUCCUCAGUGCAGGAGGUGGGAUGACCCCUCCUUGCUUAUUGCCCGUGAGCUGGGACUGCGGCACAGCCUCGCCACCCAUCUACUUGUUUUUAAAGGUUUGUUGAAGAUGAGCAAAUUGGUAUGAAGAGAUUUUAAAGCUUUUUUUCAGAUUUCUAUGGAACGAAUCUCGUCUUUUAGCAGUUCUGAUGGUCCCAGAGAUGCACGUAUUUUUAGUACUUACCUUGUUUUAAAGCAGCCAGCAUCCCCACGCUUUUUUAAAUAGAUUCUCCUUUUACUAGCAUCUCCCUUUUUUCCUAGGUGUGGAGGCAGCUCUGCUGAGAUGGAUCAGAGGACAGACAGGGGUGGCAGGGGCUCUGGGGAUCAGCAGGGCUGGCUCCUCCCCACC